AUGAAACAAUAUGACUCGGAGAAACUUAUAGCUACAACACCAGAAGUUAAGUUAGAUGUAUAUCCGCACAGUUCAGCAGAGGAAGCAGCACAAGACGCCGUCGUUUCAGCCGAGAACAACGAUCAUGACGUUCAGAGCGACUUACAUCUCCAGUUCAAAAACAUUAACAACAUCAUAAAAGAGAAGGAUGUCGGUUCCUUACUUGAGUUUGGAGGUGCCCCUGGAUUCGCAGAGGCUCUCGGGACUGAUAUGGAGAAAGGAAUUCCUGAAGAUGACCGACACUGUUGUUUUCGCCAAAUAGCUUCCAAAACUUUCAACUUGCCGCCAGCUACUUCAAAACGCUUGAUAUUUCUAAGUCUAUUCAGAUCUUCAAACAACUAUAUCAUGUUACUUCUUCUACUGUCUGCUAUUCUCUCCAUUGGGUUUGGAAUUGAGGAAGAAGGCCUCAGGACUGGUUGGUGUGAAGGGGUCAUUCUCCUAAACGCCUUCAUCAUACUCCUGAUUUUCCCUAUCAUCCGCGACUUGUUGAAUAGUCUUUGCCACUUAAAAGGACAGCAAAAGCUUCUGGAAGAGAAGGAAAUGGCGGUAGAUGUCGUUAGAGGAGGAACGAAGAAGAAGAUCUCUACCUCGGAAAUCUCGUUGGGUGAUGUCGUAUGCUUGAAGCGAGGAUAUCAGAUUCCAGCCGAUGGUUUGUUUGUUUCUGGUGAUUUCUUGGAGUUGGAUGAUAAGGCCGUAGUGAAUGCUGCAAACCCUUUCCUCUUCUACGGCGCAGAGGUUAUUAACGGAGAGGGUAGGAUGCUGGUGACGGCGGUGGGUGAAAACACCGCGUGGGCUGAGAUGAUGAGCGCCGCAUGUCAUCAUGAUUUCAAGAAGAUGCCGUUUCAAGAUCAACUUGACAAGAUUAACACUUGGAAACAAAUAAUUGGUCUCUUGAUCUCCGUCUUCAUCAUUGUGGUCUUGUUCUUGCGCUUUGAGCUCACUAAACAAAGGGUCAAGUCUGGAAUGCCAGAUAUCAAGGGGAAACCAAUCACUGUCAAUGAAUUCAAAGAUGUUAUUAAGAGGAUUGUCACGAAACCAAAUGGAAAGAUUAGUUCCUUAAUCUUAUCACUCACCAUGCUCCUGGUAGGUGUGGUGGAAGGAUUACCAUUUUGUAUUACUCUUGCUAUUGCUUACUGGAGAAGAACAGGCAUGACCUUUGCUCAGGAACUGUCCGCUUGUGUCGCAAUGGGCUCUGUCACAGCCAUAUGUACAGACAGAGCAGGAGGCCUCACAUUGGAGCCACUGGAAGUGGACAAAUUCUUGAUCGGAGAAGCUGAAAUAACCAAUGAAUCGGCUAUAGCUUCAAAUGUAGGAGAAGCUAUUCGUGACGGAAUCAGCUCCACGCUUCUUCUCCCGCGAGCUCUUCGUACCGAAACAGAUGAGCCACUGCUUUCUUGGGCUAUGAUUAGGUUCCGGUUGAAGUUGGAAGCUCUGAGGCGGUCAUGUGCUACCAUUCUCCAAGUAAGAGAAUUGAUCGAGGAUGAGGAAGAAAAAGGAUUACUGAUGACGAAGAAUAAUGGUGACACUGAUACAACCAUGUGCAUGCACUGUAGAGGUCCAGCGACAAAGAUUCUGCCAAGAUGUUCACGUUACUAUAACAAUGAGGGAAUUCUAAAAGACAUGGACGACCAUAAAAGGUUGGAAUUUAAUCAUAUUGUCGAGCAGAUGGAGUCAGCACAUCUGAAAGUUAUUGCUUUUGCUUACAAGCAAACUGUUGCGGCCACGAUUGAGGAAAAUGACUUGACACUGCUGGGACUAUUUAGUCUGAAGAUGUCAAUCCGGGAAGACAUUAAAGAGGCCAUUAAAGCUUGUAAGAGAGCUGGUGUUAGAAUCAUACUUGUCUCAAAGGAUGAUGUGGAAACUCUGGUAGCAAUAGCCCAAAAGUUUGGCAUCCUCGACAAUAAUCUAAAAGCACAGGAGGUGAUCACUGGCCAUGACUUUCGUAAUCUCAAAGAUGAUGAGGAGAGAAUGAAGAUCGUAAGUGGAAUCUCAGUGAUGGGAAACUCACUCCCUUCGGACAAGCAUCUUUUGGUAAAUCUCUUAAAGAAGAAUGGGGACUCGCUCGCAGUUAUAGGUAUCGGAACAAACGAUGUGCCGGCGGUUAAAGCAGCUGAUGUUGGACUGGCCUUGGGGAGUUGGAGCACCAAUGUGGCCAGAGCAAGUGCAAAUAUCAUCAUGUGGGAUACAAAUAUCAGUAUCCUGUUCCCUAUGUUGAGGUAUGGAAGAUUCAUAAAUAACAACAUUCAGAACUACAUCAAACUUGAGCUAACCAUGCUUGUUUCAGGGCUCUUAAUAGCAUCCAUCACAAUAGCAUUUACUGGAAAUAUGCCCAUAACGACCAUUCAAUCGUCUUGGGUCAACAUGUUAGUGCCAUUGCUUGGUGGGCUUGCUCUUUUAACCGAGCCCCCAUCAGAAAAGUUGAUGGAUCAACCAUCUGAACGAAACGAAGCAGUUGUAACAAAGGCCAUGUGGAUAUAUAUAAUCUCCCAAGCUAUAUGCCAGGCUACCAUACUGGUGACAUUCCAAUUCAAAGGACAAGCUAUUCUUGGCACAAGUCAGAAAGUCAACAGAACUAUAAUAUUUAAUAGCUUUGUCCUUUGCCAGCUUUUUAAUCAAUUCAAUACCAGGGAACUGGUACUGAAGAAUAUGUUUAGGGCUAUGUUUUGGGUGGCUUUCGGAGUCGCUUUGGUACUGCAGUUGAUUUUUAUCGAGAUUGCUCACCUCCUUGGUGAUAAUUCUAGGUUGAAUUGGCCUCAAUGGUGUAUCUGUUUUCUAAUUGGGCUGGUUCCAAUGGCUAUAGAUUGGGCUGAAAAGUUCAUACUGGGCUUCAUUAAAGCAUAG